AUGAAAACCCCAAAUGCUCUGUGGGCCAUUGCCCUGAUUGGCCUCAGCUGUCUGCUGACAACAGUCGCAGCUGGUCGCCUCACCCUUCGUCCUUUGACGCCGCAGGAGCUGCGCUCCGCUCUCGUUGAGGCGGGCGUCGAUGAGGGGCAGCUGACCCCCAUUGGCCGCGCCACGCCCUCAGCCAUAGCAGGCCUGGGCGGCUUUGCGCUGGGCGUGGCAAACGGUCUGGGCGGCGCCCUGAUCUUCGAUCUGCUUACCUCGAAUGAGACAGCGGCCUAUGUAUCCAACCUAAUCAACUCGCUGAACUCGACGUCGACCGAUGGCGGCAGCAGCGGCGGCGCUGGUGGAUCGACUCAGGAGGUCUGCUUCCAAAGUCGAAGCUUGAGUGGGAAUCUGCUGCAGGGACGUGCCAACGAUCAGUACGAGGACUUUAAUGAUGAUCGCGAUUUGUAUGACUAUGAAGAUGACGACGAUUAUUCGGGGCUGGGUCGCCAGGCCACCGAGGAUUACUAUUCAGACUAUGCGGACCCUAUCGCUGGCACUCCCGGCAUCACCUGCAUUGUGGUCAAUAAGGGACGAUCCAUAUUUCGGCAUCGACGAAGCGCCGAGCUGGCACCGGAGCAGCAGGACGAGAGCAAACCAGCCGAAGGCACAGAAUCAGAAUCAACGCUAGGGGAAGCGUCCACAGCUAAUCCGAAUGCAUAA